GUGAGCAAUAACCCAACUACUGAAACAUUCUUUAUUCUGCGAGCAAUUGUUUGUUGACAAUUCAAAGCUGAGAAAGUUACGGGCACGAAACUGCCAGAAGAGGGAAGUUUUCUAUUUUCCAUAUUUAUGGCGGCUGCCUAUCAACAGGCUGGGUUUGAGACAUUGACUGAACCUACGGACGUCUGGGAAAUAAUAGAGACAAUUGGAAAGGGAACCUUUGGAAAAGUCUACAAAGUGUCUAAUAAGCUAGAUGGUAGCCAAGCUGCAGUCAAAAUACUGGAUACAGUCAGUGUUGUCGAUGAGGAAAUUGAAGCAGAAUAUAGUAUCCUCCAGUCACUCACAAGCCAUCCCAAUGUUGUUAAAUUUUAUGGAAUGUUCUACAAAACUGAUGUGAAGAUUGGUGGAUAUCUAUGGUUGGUUUUGGAGCUGUGCAAUGGAGGUUCUGUCACUGAGCUUGUCACUGAGCUGCUCAAGCAUGACCAAUGCAUGGAUGAAGCACUAAUCUCAUACAUUUUAUAUGGAGCACUUUUGGGCCUUCAGCAUUUACACAACAACAGGAUUAUUCAUCGCGAUGUCAAGGGCAACAACAUACUCUUGACAAUAGAAGGAGGAAUCAAGCUGGUUGACUUUGGUGUUUCAGCUAAGCUUACAAAUGCAAGAUUACGUCGAAACACUUCUGUGGGUACUCCUUUUUGGAUGGCACCCGAGGUCAUUGCUUGUGAACAACAGUUUGACUACUCGUAUGAUACCCGAUGCGACAUAUGGUCUUUGGGCAUCACAGCUAUUGAACUUGGUGAUGGUGAACCACCUUUGUCGGAUCUCCAUCCAGUGAAAGCACUCUUUAAGAUUCCAAGAAAUCCACCACCAACUUUGUUGCACCCGGAAAGAUGGUGUGAAGAAUUCAACCACUUUAUUUCACAAUGCCUAAUUAAGGAUUUUGAAAAACGUCCAUCGGUUGCCGAUUUAUUGGACCACCCAUUUAUAAAGCAAGUUCUUGGGAAAUGCGCAACCCUACAGCAGCAACUAGCUAACCUGAUCAAAGUCCAGCAAGAAGAAUCCUCGUCAAAAACUAGACAGGAGCACAUCCUUAGCCGAACAAGUCGUCAUAUGAGGGCCUCAGAGAGCAGUGGUCAGAACAUGACUGACGAUUUAGUCACACUUGAAAUCUUUGAUGAGGAAACCAUCAUUUAUUGUCUGCAGAAAAGGUAUUCGGAGUUACAGAUAUAUACCUAUGUUGGAGACAUCUUAAUUGCAUUAAACCCUUUCCAGGACUUACCAAUAUACACACGAGAGUUUUCGAAGAUUUAUCAUGGAGUUAGACGCUGUUCAAAUCGACCGCACAUCUUCGCCACUGCAGAUGCUGCCUAUCAAGGGAUGGUAACUUUCAGCAAAGACCAGUGUAUCGUCAUAAGUGGAGAAAGUGGUGCUGGGAAGACAGAGAGUGCACAUUUGAUCGUUCAACACUUAACCUAUCUGGGAAAGGCCAAUAACCGUGUUCUGAGAGAGAAAAUUCUUCAAGUUAAUCCUCUCGUGGAAGCCUUUGGAAAUGCUUGCACAAUGAUCAAUGAUAAUUCCAGUCGAUUUGGGAAAUACCUAGAAAUGAAGUUUACUUCCACAGGUGCUGUGAUGGGAGCAAAAAUCUCUGAAUAUCUCUUGGAAAAAUCCAGAGUUAUUCAACAACCAGCAAGCGAGAAAAAUUUUCACAUUUUUUAUUAUAUCUAUGCUGGUCUCUUUCAUCACAAGAAAUUAACAGAAUAUAAACUAGCUGAAAAUAAGUCUCCUAGGUAUAUUAACAAUGAUAAGAAUAAGAAUAUGAAGGAUAUAUUAACCAACAGCUCAUACAGGGAGUGUUUUGAAGCCAUUCAGCAUUGCUUCAGAAUCAUUGGAUUUACUGAUGAGGAGGUUCAUUCCGUGUACAGAGUUAUUGCUGCAAUCCUAAAUACUGGAAACAUUGAAUUCGCAUCCAGAGCUUCAAAACAUCAGAUGGAUAAAAGUGAAAUUCCCGAUGGCGAACCAUUAGAAAACACUUCGGCUCUCCUAGGUAUUGGUUCUGAAGAGUUUCAAGAAGCACUUACUUCUCACUGUGUCGUGACACAGGGGGAAACCAUAGUCCGUACAAAUACUGUGGAUGAGGCCUCCGAUGUUAGAGAUGCCAUGUCAAAAGCCUUGUAUGGGAGACUUUUCAGCUGGAUUGUAAACCGAAUUAAUACCCUUCUCCAACCUGACAAAAGUAUAUGUGAUACUGAAAAUGGCAUGAAUGUGGGGAUUCUGGACAUCUUUGGAUUUGAGAACUUUAAGAAGAAUUCCUUCGAACAGCUGUGUAUCAACAUUGCCAAUGAACAAAUACAAUUUUACUUCAACCAACACAUCUUUGCUCUUGAACAGACAGAAUACCAAAAUGAGGGAAUCGAUGCUUCAGUUGUGGAAUAUCAGGAUAAUCGACCAAUUCUGGACAUGUUUCUUCAGAAACCUAUGGGCUUAUUGUCCUUGCUUGAUGAAGAAAGCCGCUUUCCAAAAGCAUCUAACCAGACAUUAGUAGAUAAAUUUGAAGACAACUUACGGACAAAUUAUUUUUGGAGACCAAAAGGCAUGGAAUUGUGUUUUGGAGUUGAACAUUACGCUGGCAAGGUUCUAUAUGAUGCAUGUGGUUUCCUUGAAAAAAAUAGAGACACACUUCCUGCAGAUAUAGUAGUUGUGCUAAGGACAUCGGAGAAUAAAUUGCUUCAACAACUCUUUUCUGGUCCACUCACUAAAACAGGUAACUUAGCACAGUCAAGAGCAAGAGUAAGUGCAGCAUCCAGGUCAUUACCUCCACAACUAAAUGCCAAACGGAGCAAGUCUCCAAAAUAUUUAUUGAAGGUUGAUACACUGGAAGCAAUGCGACAUCCUGACGAAACAACAAACAUGAAAAGACAAACUGUGGCCUCUUAUUUUAGGUACUCACUGAUGGAUCUCCUGUCUAAAAUGGUGGUGGGUCAGCCUCAUUUUGUCCGUUGCAUCAAACCCAAUGAUGAUCGUCAAGCAGAAAAGUUCUUUGAAGAAAGAGUAUUGGUUCAACUGCGGUACACUGGCAUCUUGGAAACCAUACGCAUCCGUGGGCAGGGAUAUUCUCAUCGCAUCCUCUUUGAAGACUUUGUUAAAAGAUAUUACUGCCUUGCCUUUAGGGCACAUCAAACACCUCCUGCUGACAGUGCAAGCUGCACUGCUAUCCUACAGAAAGCAAGGCUGGACAAGUGGGUGCUUGGAAAAACCAAGGUAUUCCUCAAGUAUUAUCAAGUAGAACAGUUAAAUUUGCUGCUCAGAGAAGUCAUUGCCAGCAUUGUGAUUAUUCAAGCCCACAUCAAAGGCUGGCUAGGAGCCAAGAGAUACAAGAAAGCACGAGCGGAAAAGCAAAGCGGUGCCAUCAUUAUCCAGUCAGCCUGGAGAGCAUAUGUUGCACAUAAAAUCUACAAGCAAUUGAAGACACAAAGAGAAGCUGCAAUUUGCAUCCAAGCAGGUGCCAGGGGAUAUCUGGCUCGCAAAGAAUAUAAAAUGAUGACAGAACGUGAUAUUUUAUCAAGAGGACAAGAAUUCCAGAGCACGAAAUAUAGAUCCAGCAAUGACUCUGAAAAAGCACUUCAUAUCAAUCGUGUUGGAAUUUCAUAAAGGAGGCAUUGAAGUCCGAAUGAUGAAAAGGAUUCCAAUGACAUGGCAAAUCUUCAAUCACCAAAUAAAACAAAGCCUCAGUCUCAUCCAGUUAUGAAAGGAUCAGGGCAAGAGACAGAACAAAGACAGUUAAGAACACCACGUCGGCGAACGCAGCAGCCCAAAAUGCUGAACAGCCCUGAGGACAGCCUAUAUUAUAACCAGUUAAAUGGAAUUCUAGAAUACCAAGGGAGCAAAAGAAAGCCAAGAAAAUUUGGCCAAAUCAAAGUGCUGGACAUUGAGGAUGAGUAUUACAAAUCACUAUCAGCUGUUGAACCCAUCCCCAAGGAAGACGAUUCAUUAAACUCUUCUCUUCCUAUUCCAAGAGGUCAUAGCUAAAAGAAGACACGAUAGGUAAUCUAUUGAUCUCAUAACUCUCAUUAAAAUCGCACAAACUAAUUCUUCCAAUGCAAGUUUUAUACAUUAUUUUCAGAAUAAGCAAUUAGUCAGAAAGGAUUUUUUUUUUUAAAUAGGUGAAAUAAGAUUCUAAUAAUCACAGAGAAUGGUUCACUAAUCAUUGUUGGUUUUGAUGUAAGGCUAAAAAGCCUGUAAACCUAAAAGUGUUUCUGUGGACGGAACUGUCAAUGAUUUUUUAAAAAAUCAAUUUACAUGCCUCUUGCAGUUUCAUUCAAGUCCAUUUCCAGGGGGUUUUAAUUCAACUUGUAAGUAUGAAAAUAUACCCUGUAUUGAUCUGCAAGCUUUCAGUCAAUUCCAUCAUUCAUUUAUUAACAAUUUGAGCACUGAGGGAUUUAUGUUUGUGCCAUGUUUUGCAUUAAAACUGUUCUAUAAAAAAAAAUCAUCUUGUUCAUAAAAUAUAUAAAAACUCAGAAAAAAAUAUAGACCAAUAGAUAAUCAAUAAUGUGAAUAACUUUGAAACUAUUUGUAGUUCCAUUCAAAAUUGCUUCCACAUUUCUCAAUUUGUUAAACUUGUUUACAUUUGGAGAUCUGUUAAUUGCAUGAUGGAAAAGAGUUGUAUAUGUGCCUAGAAAUUAUGUAUUGGAGGUAACUAGUCACUAUUCGUAGAUGCAAUGAAAACUGAACCUCAAAUUGAAUUUAGAAUGAAUAAAUCCAACCUUGCACACCUGUCACUAAAAUAAAUGUCCCCAAGUAGCACAGUAUGUGUUGAGGGAAGAGCAUGCCAAUCUCUUGUGUUUGUGGUAUUAGCUUGCAGAGUAACAAAUGGGCUGUCCAGGUGUCUUUUAAUGCCUCCCGGUCAUGAUAUAUGACCGCUACAGCCAAUGUAUAACUGGACUAAAUUCAACUAAUAUAAUUCCUUCUUCAGAACAUACAUUUCUUCUUCAAUUUGCACAUUUCUACACUCCACUUUAUGGAUACAUUAUUUAUUCAUACUCUGUACAAUUCUGAAACUCCAUAAAUAAAAAAUGUUCAGCUGAUCUUUAGGCCUGUUUGCUUUAUUGGAUUAUUUGAGUUUAUCAAGGUGAGAUGUUUCAUGGCUUGGAAAUAGAGCAUGUUUGUU